AUGGGCCGUACAACUUCUGAGGGAAUACACGGUUUCGUGGACGACCUAGAGCCCAAGAGCAGCAUCCUUGAUAAAGUCGGGGACUUUAUCACCGUAAACACGAAACGGCAUGAUGAGCGCGAGGACUUGAAUGGACAAAACGACGAACUAAACAAUCAAGAGAAUCGGAACGGCAGCGAGAAUGGGAACGAGAAUGAGAAUGAACAAGAUAGUCUCGCAUUGGACGAUCUUGACCGUGCUUUUGAGCUGGUGGAAGGUAUAGACAUGGACUGGAUGAUGCCGUCACAUGCACACCACUCCCCGGCUACUACUGCUACAAUCAAGCCGCGGCUAUUAUACUCGCCACUAAUUCACACUCAAAAUGCAGUGCCUGUAACUAUUUCGCCUAACUUGGUUGCAACUACUACUUCUACAACAUCCACUUCUUCAACAUCCGCUAACAAAGUCACCAAAAACAAGAUGAAUAGUAGUCCGUAUUUGAACAAGCGCAGAGGAAAGGCCGGGCCGGAUUCGGCCACCUCACUAUUUGAAUUGCCCGACAGCGUUAUCCCAACUCCGAAACCGAAACCAAAGCAAUAUCCGAAAGUUAUUCUGCCGUCGAACAACACCAGGCGUGUAUCACCGGCUACGACCAAGACCAACAGUAGUGAAGGCGUUGUCGUAGCGAGUGAGUCGCCUGUAAUCGCGCCUCACGGGUUGAGCAAUUCGCGGUCGCUGACUAAACGACGGUCAUCGGGCGCCCUCGUGGAUGAUGACAAGCGCGAGUCGCACAAGCAUGCGGAGCAAGCACGGCGUAACCGGCUGGCGGUCGCGUUGCACGAACUGUCGUCUCUAAUCCCCGCGGAAUGGAAACAGCAAAACGUGUCUGCCGCACCGUCCAAAGCGACAACAGUGGAGGCCGCCUGCCGGUACAUCCGUCACUUACAGCAGAAUGGGAGCACGUGA